CCACGCCACGUCGCCUCCAGUUCAUCCCGCCGAGUGGGCCCCACCACCCCAUGGCCGCCGCCGCGACGACCUCCGCCGCCGCCGCCGUCCCCGCCGCCCGCGGCGGCGGCCGCCGGCACCACCACCAUCCCCGACGCUCAGGCCUACUCCGCCUCACUGCCCCUGCCACCGCCGGCGCGGCUGCGGCCGCCUCUUCUCCGUCCACGUCGUCGUCGUCGUCGUCUUCUCCGGCGGAGGGGGGAGGGCGGCUGGUGGCAGAGCUGGUGGGCGCGUUCAACGAGCUGAUGGGGCGUAUGGGGGAGGGGCUGGCCACGUCUUCGUCGUCGCGCCUCCUCUUCCGCGCGCUCAAGCUGGCCCUCCCCGCCCUCCGCGACGGCGACGGCGGCCGGGCUCUCGCCCGGGCGCUCGCUGUCGCCGCCUCCCUCGCCGACCUCCAGAUGGAUGCUGAAGUUAUUUCGGCCGGAAUACUGAGGGAAGCACUUGAUGCAGGAGCAAUAAACAUGAGGGAUGUAAAAUCUCAGAUCGGGAUCAGCACAGCUCAUUUGCUGCACGAGAGUUUAAGGCUUAAGCAUGCCCCUUCAAAGCUUGAUGUACUUGAUGAUGAAAGUGCAAGUGCAUUGAGAAAGUUUUGCCUUUCUUACUAUGACAUCCGGGCAGUUAUCUUGGAACUUGCUCUAAAACUCGAUAUGAUGAGACACCUCGACUUCCUCCCAAGCUAUCUGCAGCGGAUAAAGUCUCUUGAAGUCCUGAAGAUAUAUGCCCCACUUGCCCAUGCUGUUGGAGCGGGUAAUCUUUCACUGGAGUUAGAGGAUCUUUCAUUUCGUUAUUUGUUUCCACAUUCAUAUGAUCACAUUGAUCGAUGGUUGAGGAGUCAAGAGGCUGAGAACAAGCUCUUGAUAGAUUCGUACAAGGAGCAAUUGCUUCAGGCACUGAAAGAUGAUGAUGAGUUGAGCCAGAUUGUGCAAGGUAUCUCAAUUCAAGGCCGAUAUAAAAGCCGUUUCAGUACUAUGAAAAAGCUCGUAAAAGAUGGGAGAAAACCAGAAGAAGUAAAUGACAUACUAGCUUUACGGGUAAUCUUAGAACCUCGGUGUGAUGACAGUACAAUAGACUGGGGCCCCAGGGCUUGUCACCGGACACACGAAAUCAUUCAAUCUAUGUGGAAAGAAGUUCCAGGAAGGACAAAAGAUUAUGUCACACGGCCAAAAGAAAAUGGCUAUCAGAGCUUGCAUGUGGCCAUUGAUGUAAGUGAACCUGGGAACAUGAGGCCACUGAUGGAGAUACAGAUACGCACUAAGGAGAUGCAUAAAUUUGCUGUUGGUGGAGAGGCAUCUCACUCUCUCUACAAAGGUGGACUUACAGAUCCUGGAGAGGCUAAAAGGCUGAAGGCUAUAAUGUUGGCUGCAGCAGAGUUAGCAGCUCUGCGCCUUCGUGACCUACCAGCUAGUGAUCAAGGGUACAGCAACUGCACAAACCGUGCUUUCUGCCAGCUUGACAAAAACGGGGAUGGGAGGAUCAGCAUCGAGGAGCUCACUGAGGUGAUGGAAGAUCUUGGUGCUGGGGGCAAAGAUGCUAAGGAGCUCAUGCAUCUUCUUGAUGCAAACAGCGAUGGCUCCUUGAGCUCCGAUGAAUUUGAGGCAUUCCAGAGACAGGUUGGAAGACAAAGACGAUCACUACAGGAAGAUACUGAAGGAGAAGCUGCAGACGAUCGACAGCGCAGGUCUCAUUCAGGUCUACCGCAAGGAGCUGGGUGACAAACUUCUUGUAAGCUGAAACUGGGACUUCACACAGGUGAACAAACCACCAUCUUGCUAUAGGGCUUUAGGUAUUUGUUUGCAUACAUACACCAUUAGGUACACUCUUACUAUCAUUGAGUUGUAACUACUUAUUGCUGAUUAUGCACAUGUUUAUGGAGUUCUCCGCAAGCCUGGAUAAGUUGUACUGUUUCUUGAUUUCCUUUUUUGUGCUUGAAUUCUCCGUAGUGCAGCAAAACUGUCUGAUAUGUCUAAUAGUGUUCUAGCUAGCAACUGGAUGUCUGGAUCUGGCUGCUGGACCAUUGUAUUUGUAUCACCUAACUUUCACUGUAGCCUGUGGGUGGUGGAGAUGGAGAUGGAUGGUGUGUUCUGCUGGUCUGCCUUCGCUGAUAGUACAUCAUUUUCUCGGGGGACCUUAUCAUCUAUGCAUAUCUAUUGCUGACUGUAUGGCUGCGUUGAAUUGGCAGAUUCAAAUGCUGAAAAAACUAAACUAUUAAAAAGGGACAAUUUUA